UUUACAUAACACUCGGCCAGUCAAAGUAUUUUUUUUGCACCUUGCCCGGACCUCUCCAGCGGAUCCAUUCCAGGGCCGUGGCAGAGUUGGCACUCACUUAUCUUGCAACAUCUGCCUGUCUCAAUACGACAUCAACAACAGCCCUUGCGUCCGCCAGCUACAUAAAGACCAAGGCACCCCGCAUCACACCGAUCCGGCCCGGCUUGCUCCUUUCCCUCGAGUCAAGCCUCUUCACUCCAAAUACUCCUAGUCGCUCAACCGGCUCUUCGACAGGUCAAUCGCCCUGUCCCUCGACAGAACAAACCAUCACCAGUGUUAUAGCCACAGACACACACACAUCCAACAGCAGACAAUGUCUCCCGCUGCCAUUGCCGACUCGGGGUCCGUCGUGACCCCGCCCCGUGCCCCCUCGCCCGUCCACGGCUUUGGCACCCUCGCCGUCCACGCCGGCGCCCCUCACGACCCCGUCACCGGUGCCGUCAUUGAGCCAAUCUCCCUGUCGACCACCUUCAAGCAGUCGAACGUCGGCCAGCCCGUCGGCGAGUACGAGUACUCACGCUCGUCCAACCCCAACCGCGACAACUUCCAGGCUGCCGUGGCCGCCCUCGAGCACGCCAAGCACGCCCUCGCCUUUGCCAGCGGCAGUGCCGCCACGGCCACCAUUCUCCAGAGUCUUGCCAGCGGCUCCCACGUCAUCAGCGUCAGCGACGUCUACGGCGGCACCCACCGCUACUUCACCCAGGUCGCCAAGGCCCACGGCGUCAAUGUCACCUUCACCCCGCAGAUCGAAAUUGAUAUUGCCGAGCACAUCCGCGAAAACACCCGCCUCAUCUGGAUCGAGUCUCCCAGCAACCCGACCCUGCGCCUCGUCGACAUCCGCGCCGUCGCCACCGCUGCCCACGCCCGCGGCGUCCUUGUCGUUGUCGACAACACCUUCCUCAGCCCCUACGUCCAGAACCCUCUCGACCAUGGCGCCGACAUUGUCGUCCACUCGGUCACAAAGUACAUCAAUGGCCACAGCGACGUCGUCAUGGGCCUCGCCGCCUGCAACUCGGAUGAGCUUCGCAACCGCCUCGCCUUCCUUCAGAACGCCGGCGGUGCUGUCCCCUCGGCCUUUGACUCGUGGCUCGCCCACCGCGGCGUCAAGACGCUGCACCUGCGCGUCAGGCAGUCCACCAUCAACGCUACCGCCGUCGCCAAGGCCCUCGAGGCCAGCCCGCACGUCAUCAGCGUCAAUUACCCCGGUCUCGACUCGCACCCGCAGCGCCACAUCGCGCUCAAGCAGCACCGCGACGGCAUGGGUGGCGGCAUGCUGUCCUUCCGCAUCAAGGGGGGUCGGGAGGCUGCCGAGCGCUUCUGCCGGUCCACCAAGAUCUACACUCUCGCCGAAUCUCUUGGCGGUAUCGAGUCUCUUGUCGAGCUCCCCAGUGCCAUGACCCACGCUGGUAUCCCCCAGGCUGAUCGUGAGGCUGUUGGUGUCUUUGACGACCUUGUCCGGAUAAGCAGCGGUAUCGAGGAGCCCGAGGAUCUCGUCCGCGAUGUUGAGCAGGCUCUGCUCGCGGCCGUCACCGGCGCCAAGGAGAACGGCACAAACGGCACCCACUAAGUUUUUGGUGUCGAGAUUUAAUACAGGACGAAAAGCAACGGGUGGGUGAUUAUAGAAAGUAGCGGGAAAAGCAUCAUCGAGCGAGAUAUCUAUAGACAUGGUUCAAACAUAUCCAUGUUGGCGUUAUGGGUUUUGCUUUCUGAGGGGUAUUAUGGCAGGGACGUUGAGAGGCAAAUCAUGCAGUCACGGCCUACGAUAUAUAUGCCUGCGAUUCUGAUUUCUCUGGGGGGUAUGGCCAAAGGAUAGAACGAAUUUUAUGACACCACUACCACGCGCCAGUGGAUGGCGCAUGCACACAACACGUACCCUAUUUGCGAAUUUAAAAGUGACUGAUAAGUGAG